CUUGCCUUCAGCCAGAUUUGUCUUGUUCCUUUGACUUGGACUUCUGCUCCUGGAGACAAAUGGCCUCCAACAGUUUUAACUGGACGCGGCACAAAGGUCCGACACACACAGCAGAUACUGGACCGUCCUCCAACCACACCACAGGAGAGGGCUAUUUCAUCUACCUGCAAGGCCAUGUGGCCAAAGAAGGGGAUGCAACACGCCUGGCCAGUCCUUUCUACACCUUCACCAGGCCCCACUGCUUCUCUUUCUGGUACCACAUGCGCGGUGCGGCCCAAAGAAAUGCCCUGCGAGUCUAUUUGGCCUUUGAGGGCGGAUCCCGUGAGCUGAUCUGGUCACAGUCUGGGAACAAAGGGGACCAGUGGCACAGAGGCGAAGUCAGCAUGCCUCAAGGGAAGAAAGCACAGAUAAUCGUGGAAGGCGAGCCGGGGGAAGACGUCCACAGUGACGUGGCUGUGGAUGACUUCUCCAUGGAAGAGGGAGAUUGCCCAGGACUGACCCCAGCAGCUCUCACACCUCUCCCCAUCACCACCACCACCAGCAGCAGCACAGCCCCUCCAGCCACAGAGUUUCCUCUUCAGUGCAAGUUCCCCUGCUCCUUUGAUGAGGGCCUCUGCUCCUGGACACAAUCAAUUUUCGACACCUUUGACUGGGUGCGGCACAAAGGCCCAACAGCCUCACCCGGCACAGGCCCAUCUUCUGACCACACCUCUGGAGAGGGCUACUACAUCUACCUGGAAGUUAACCAAACCAACUCGCAAGAGGUGGCACGCCUGGUCAGCUCAAAGUGCAGCCCCACCAAACCACAAUGCCUCUCCUUCUGGUAUCACAUGUAUGGCACAUCCCCAAAAAUGGCGCUGCGCGUUUAUGUGGUCUCUGAUAUUGGAACACCUAAGUUGAUCUGGUCUCAGACUGGGAACAAAGGCAACCAGUGGCACAGAGGUGAAGUCAGUGUACCUCAGGGAAGAGGUUUGCAGAUAUUCCUGGAAGGGGUGUGGGGGGAAAACUCCCAGAGUGUUGUGGCUGUGGAUGACCUCUCGAUAGAAGCGGAAGAUUGCCCAGCUUCCUCCAUUCGAUGCAAUUUCUCUUGCUCUUUUGAUGUGGACUUCUGCUCCUGGAAACAGCUGGCCUCCAACGCCUUUAACUGGAGGCGGCACAAAGGCCCAACGCCCUCGCUAAACACUGGACCAACCCAAGACCACACUUCAGGAGAGGGCCAUUUUAUCUACCUGGACGGCAGUGCCACCAACACAGGGGACACCACACACCUGGUCAGCCCCGUCUGUGACUCCUCCAGGCCCCACUGCCUCCGCUUCUGGUAUCACAUGUACGGGGCAGCUCAAACAAUGGCACUGCGCAUUUUAGUCAUCUCUGGUGGCGCCGCGCCUGUGCUGCUCUGGAGUCAAACCGGGAACAAAGGGGACCAGUGGCACAGAGGUGAAGUCAGUGUGGCUCAUGGAGAAAACAUGCAGAUAAUCCUCGAAGGUAUGCGGGGCGAAGACGUCCACAGUGACAUGGCUGUGGACGACCUUUCCUUAGAAGAGGGAUUUUGCCCAGGAGGAAUUGCAGCAGCAUCUGCACACAAGAGCACCACCACCAACGAUUAAACCACUGUGCUAGCGCUGGUUCCCCUCUCUUCCUAUCUAAUGAAUCUUGUAGCCAGUGAACAUUGGCUGAUAUUCAAAAUGACCAGAAUUAAUGUAUUUCUGAUGAAUUCAUGCUUUUCCACUGAUGACUAUUGGCAAGGAACCUUCAACGAAGUACGGAAACCACUCAUUCGAUAACUGAUUUACUCUUCAAGACCCAAAAGAAGAUUGUGGGGCCAAAUUCACAGAUAGAGAGGAAACGUUUCUAAUUGUAUUGUUAAACAACUAAUUGUUAUAGCUGAAUUUAUUUGAUUUUUUUCUUUUUAAAAUAAUUUCCUUGGCUACUUCACUUAUGAACACUUUAAAUCUGGCAUGAUGAACUUUUCUUAUUUUCCUUCUGACAUAUUUCAAAACUCUUUACAUAUUUAACAAUGGGGACCUUUAUAUGUCCGGCUCUCCUUUGUCAACUACAAAUUGUCGCUUUUUUUGUGUUGAAUAUAUGCUAUAUGGUAAUUGAUGGACCUAAUAGGUAUCUCAAGCCAUUUGCACAUAACAAAA